CACCCUUUCCAUUACGGCCCAGCGAUCAGAAUUCGAACUGAGUCUAGUAAAAAGGAAUACGCUAUUUCGAGAAGGCUUCUCUGCGCGGAGUCACCGAUCUUUUCAGCAAUGUUCAUGGGCGCUGUCAAAUUUAAGAUAAAGGAUGCAGGAGAUCAUAGUUCAGCCGCCAUAGAGCUUGUCAGACUUGCAGAUAUAUAUGGACCUGUUGGAUUAGAAACACCAAUAGCUGAGUAUAUCAAGGACGCCAUAAACGAAGAAUACCGAGAUCAUCCAGUUCGACGCAUUCUAGCUUCCGCAUCUGUUGAGGGUUACCUUAACUGCGAACGGCACAAGUUCAGUGGAGGAACUCAAGAAUACCCUUCAUUUGGAGCUGGCCUCCUUCGAGAGGGCCGACUAACCCUGAACAAGACGCCCCCCUCUUAG